UUUGGGGUUCCGGGGGGUGCCACGGGCUCGGGGUGGGGCUGGAGCACUCCAGUAUGGGUGGGGGGCACCCUAAAGUGGGGCUGAACCAUUUGAUUUAUGUGGGGGUUUUAGGGGGCACCUUAAAAUGGGACUGAACCAUUUGUUUUAUGUGGGGGUUUUAGGGGGAACCCUAAAAUGGGACUGAACCAUUUGUUUUAUGGGCAGGGUUUAGAGGUGCUGGGUGUUCCCCCUUGGAAUAUUUGGAGAGAGUGUUGGAAUAUUUUGGGAUCCCCCUGGGAUUUGGGGGCUUCCCCACCUUCAGUUUUGGGGGUUGGGAUUGGACAGUUCCUCCACCCUCAGGUUUUUUGGGAAUUAAGGAAUUUGGAAUCCCAUCCCCGGGAUGAUUCCUUGGGAAUUUGGGGAUGGGAAUUUCAGGAUUUGAGCUCCUCUGGGAUGAUCCCUUGGGAAUUUUGGGUUGGGAAUUUUUUCCAUGGGCUUGGAUGAGGAACAUUCCCAGAUGUCCCAGGGGUUGGGAAUUGCAGCCUUGGGAUCACCGGGGGAAUUUUACCUGGGAAGUGAAAACUUGGAGCUGCCCAAAUCCUGGGGAUUUUCUGCUCAAUCCUUGGAAGCUGGGGUUGGACACAAAUCCAGAUGGCACAAAUCUGCGGUCUGGCAGCAUUCCCUGCUCCUUGCCUGAGGGCUCUUUUUUUUAUUUUAUUUUUUUUUUUUUGGGAAUUCUGGAUUUUCCAGGCAGAUUUCCUGAAGGGGCUCCCGGUGUACAACAAGAGCAACUUCAGCAGAUUCCAUGCGGAUUCCGUCUGCAAGGCUUCCAACCGCCGGCCCUCGGUGUAUUUGCCCACCAGAGAAUUCCCCUCGGAACAGAUUAUUGUGACAGAGAAGACGAACAUCCUCCUGCGCUACCUCCACCAGCAGUGGGACAAAAAGUGUGGGAACUCCGGGAUUUCAGAACACUGGGAUGUGGGAACGCUGAGAUUUGGGAAUCCCAGUCCGUGGGACCACCAGCAAUCCCCAUCCUGUGAUCCCCUCUGGAAUCCCCUCUGGAAUUGCCAUUCCCAGAAUGCAGCCAAGAAGCGGGACCAGGAGCAGGGUGAGCUGGAGGGGGAGAAUUCAGCCCCACCCCGGAAAAUCGCCCGGACCGGGAGCCAGGACAUGACCGAGGACACUUAAACACACCCCGAAAAAACAAACAAAAUUCGGGAAUUCCCAAAGCUCUUCCCGCUUUUUUUCACCUCCCCUUCUCCCCACUUCCAUUCCCAACCCGCUGGGAAUUCCCAGGAUCCGCCC